AUGUACCUCCUCCUCAGUAAGUCUCCUCCAAAAGAAAGACACAGCACCGGCUGUGCCGAGCGAGCAAUUCGAGUGAUACGAGUCGGCAAGGAAGGAGGAGAGUGGAAUGAGAUCUCCACAAAAGAGUUUCAAGAGAUGAUCGCAGAAGCAGUUCCCAUUCUGUAUGAAGACCUCAGAGCCAAGGGAAAGGGAAUGGAGGAGUUGGAGAAUAUUCUAUCGGACUUGGUAGUUGGGGAGGGAGAGGGAGAGGGAGAGGAGGAGGGAGAGGGAGAUGGGGAGAGGGGAAGGGGAGCUUCGACUGGUGAAAAGGAGGGCAAGGCAGUCAUUGAUGGAGUGAUCAGGAAGCUGACUCGGCUGGUGGGUAGUGGGAAGUCAUCACGUCGUCUCCUGGACAUGGAGUUGAUCUACCUAACUGACACUGGUGGCCAGCAACCAUUCUGGGACCUCAUCCCGAUAUUCACACGUGACACCACAGCCACCCUCUUUGUCCACAGGCUCUGCGAGAAGCUUGACGAACACCCUCUGAAUGACCUCUACCAGAGAGGGAAACAGACGUCGUUUAUCGCAAUCGAGGGAUUAAAGGAGAUAGUUUUCCCAGUCAAUACCAAAACCCCAGAAGAAGACGACAAGAAAGAGGCCAGCAAGAUCAGAGCCAGCAUCGAGAAAGGUGCCACACAGCACAAGAUUCCAAUCUGGUGGUUCAUCCUCCAGCUGAUCCUGGAAGCGCUAACACACAAGCUCGGCAGAGAUGUUCUGAGCAAAGACGAGUGCCUCCAUGUCUCCAAGUCACUGGGGUUCUCUGAACGACAGCUUGAUGCUGCUCUGGCCUUCUUUGACAAGCUCAACAUUUUCCUGUUCAAAAAGAACAUUCUACCCGGAGUCGUCUUCACCAAUCCUCAAGUUCCUCUAGACAAGCUGUCAAAGCUUGUGGAGAAGCAGUACCAUCUGAAAGCUGCAGAAGCUGAUCCGACAAAAGCUGCCAAUCUUGCAAUGACAGGUGACUGGCAGUGUUUCAGAGAUAAAGGUGUCCUCACUCUCGAGUUUCUCGAAGAAUUCAAGUCCCACUAUGUCAAAGGAAUCUUUACUCCAAUCCUGAGCAUGACCCCAGAAUCUCGAGUCAAUCAAUUCCUGGCCAGCUGCACAGCCACAGAGAUAGCAGCUCUGGUGGUGGAGUUCCCCACUGGCUGGGCUCCUCCCGGGGUCUACUGCUGCAGUGUGUGCCACCUUCAGUCCCAUGCCCACUGGGAGGUUGUCCACAAGCCACCCACCACUCCUCACAACAAAGACACACCCGACAGACAACUCUGCCAGAUCUCUCGCAACUCCAUCACAUUCUCAAAGUGUGACAGACCGGGCACCGUGACGUUCAUCGACAACUUUUCCUUCUUCGUUGCCUGUGUGAAUGUGGACACCAGGAAGAUGGAUCGCGAGGAGUUGGUGGAGCACUGCCAGGAUGUGAGGUCGGAGCUGUUUGCUGCAGUCGAGGCAGGUCUGGAGAACACUCACCACACAAACUCUCGCCCAGUGCCCGCCUUCCUGUGCCCUGUCCAGAAUGAAUCUUGUAGCACUGAACUACACACUGCACGUAUAUCCAAGAAUGGCAAGAAAUGGAUAUGUUCCGAGAAUUCAAAUAUCUUUGACAGACUGAAUCCAGGACAGGCUGUGUGGCUUAGUGGCAUAGAUCAAACAGCAUUCAAGCGUACUUCAUCACCGAAAAUGAGUGAUUUGGCGAAUCGUGUGGCAGCCAUCAUUCCAGGAAAAUGGGUGCAAGUUGCUAUUCAGCUGGAGAUUGGAAUGGGAGCAAUUGAUGCAGUUCGUAGAGACAAACGCGAGUGCUUUGAACAGUUCACGGCUAUUCUCGACAUAUGGGAGCGAUCUUCAAGUCCUCCAUUCACUUGGAACACCUUAGUCAGUGUCUUGAAAUCUCCAUCAGUCAAUGAGAAUGCACUAGCAAGAGAACUGGAGCGUGAGUUUUGCUGUGGGGAUGUCACCUCCCAUUACGUACCAAAAUCCAGUGCGAAAAAACAGUGCGUGGUCAACUAAUUCUAAGUAUCUUUUAUUAUAUUAUAUCUUGAGUAUUUUGAUUGUGACUUACAGACUA